AUGAGCUUUCUGUUCAAUCUAAAAGGCAAGGUUUCUAAACCCGUCAAAAAAGCUGGUCUAAAUAAGAGCAAAGCGUUCGAGUCGGAUGAGCCAAAAAAUGAGUCGAUAAAAGCCAUUGACUCUUUUGACACAAAAAAAGGUGCCAUGGCAGGCGAAGUGGCGCUCGGGCACAAAGCUAAACUUGUCAUCAAACCAAUCAAUCAAUCUACGAAACUACGAAGAAAAUCAUCAAAGAUCCAGAAUGCUCCUGAUGGUGAACUAGAUGAAGCUACGAGAUCACUUCUAUCAGGUGAACAAAUAGAAGAAAUCGGUAGUAGAGUAAUUCCGGUCAAAGAUGACAGUGACGACGACAAUUUUGGAGAAGCAGGUGCAGAAAACACAGCACAAGAUUAUGAAGAUGUGCCUGUUGAAGAGUUCGGAGCUGCUUUGUUGAGAGGGAUGGGAUGGAAGGGUCCAGAUAAGACUUCCACAUCAAUGCACACUCGUCAUCGUCAACGGGGAGCAUUGUUAGGAAUUGGAGCUAAGCCCGUUGGAAAAGAGCUAGAGCUAGAGCUUCUAGAUCGAAAGAAUCUUUCGGUGCCCCUAAUAAAGAAGGAUUGA